UGGCCACACCCCCUUUCUAUUGCCUUGGAAACCGGCCACUCCCUUGGUGACAGGUCACGCCCCCUUCGUCUGGAAGCCCCUCCCUGUUUCCUCGGUUUCUGUUGCCCUGGCUACAGGCCAUACCCCCCUUCUCGAAAGGCCCCUGUUGCCGUGACGACAGACCACGCUCCUCCCCGUUGCCUUGAAAACAGGCCACACCUCCUCCCGUUGCCAUAGCGACAACCCACGCCCCUCUUUCCAUUCUCUUGCUGACAAGCCGCGCCCUCUUUUACGAAAAACCCCGUCCCAUUUAUUUGUCCACAGGCCACUCCCCCAUCGUUGCUACUGACUACAAACCACGCCCCUCCACCGUUUCAAUGACAACAAGUCCGCCGGGCCCCUCCCCGCCGUCCUUAACCGGAAGCGGCGAGCCGUGCGCGGUGACGUCACACCUGGAAGCGGCAGCCCCGGCGCGGCGCUGCCGGAGCAGCCCCGUUCGACCCCCCCCGCGGAUACCCCAGGACCCCCCGGAAUCCCCGCCCCGACCCCCGGCCACGGCCACGGCAGAGGCCCCGCCUCCGGGACACGGCGCUAUGAUGCGGUUCAUGCUGCUGUUCAGCCGCCAAGGGAAGCUGAGGCUGCAGAAGUGGUACCUGGCCACGGCCAACAAGGACAAGAAGAAGAUGGUUUGGGAGCUCAUGCUGGUGGUGCUGGCCCGGAAACCCAAAAUGUGUAGCUUCCUCGAGUGGAGGGACCUCAAGGUGGUCUACAAGAGGUGAAGCCCCCUGCAAAAAACCCCGGAGAAAUCGAGUUUUCUGCCCCGAAACGGCAUUCCCCCCCCCAAACAAAAGGGCAGUUUA